UUUCUUUAUGGUUUUGGCGGUACAUGGAAGACAUUUAUCUGGAGGGUCAUGUUAACCGCAUUACGCUCAAAAGGUGAUAUAGUUUUAACAGGUGCCUCAAGUGGGAUCGCUGCAUUGUUUAUACCUGGCGGUAGAACAACAGAUUCAAGGUUUUGUAUUCCUCUAAAUGUUGACGAGUUUUCAGCAAAACUCAUUAUAUGGGAUGAAGCACCAAUGAUGCACAAACAUUGUUUCGAAGUUGUUGAUCGAACUUUAAAAGAUAUUUUCAACUCCGUUGAAGAAAAAAAUAAACACAUUCCCUUCGGUGGAAAAGUUGUUGUUUUUGGCGGAGAUUUUAGACAAAUUCUACCAGUAAUACCCAAAGGUAUAAGGUCAGAAGUUGUUCAUGCUACUAUUAAUUCUUCGGCUCUUUGGAAUUUUUGUGAAGUUUUAACAUUGAAUGGUCAAACAGUGGAUGAUGUUCAUACUCCCGAAUUUUUGAACACGAUUUCUACGUCGGGACUUCCAAAUCACAAGUUGGGACUUAAAGUUAGAGUUCCAGUUAUGCUAUUAAGGAAUUUGAAUAAAAAAUUAGGAUUAUGCAAUGGAACAAGACUUAUUAUUACGAGAUUGAGAAAAUGUGCUCUUGAAGAAAAAAUUAUUCCAGGAAGUAAUAUUGGUGAUCAGGUUUUCAUACCUAGAUUUUCUCUGACACCAUCUGACGUGAGAAUUCCUUUUAAAUUUCAACGAAGACAAUUCCCUAUAAUGAUUUCUUUUGCGAUGACUAUUAAUAAGAGUCGGGGACAAUCUUUAAAGCAUGUUGGG